CGUAGGUGUGUGUGGAGGGGGGAAGGGAGCGAGCGAACGCGGCGGUGAGGAGGGGGGUGAGAGUUCAGAGUUCAACCGCCGUUGUCCCUGCUAGCUUGCACUCAUGAUUCCUAUAUGCCCGGUAGUUUCUUUCACCUAUGUGCCCAGCCGCCUGGGAGAAGAUGCCAAAAUGGCCACCGGCAACUACUUUGGAUUCACCCAUAGCGGGGCUGCUGCCCAGUAUAGCCAGCAGCCAGCUUCGGGCGUAGCUUAUUCCCAUCCAACUACAGUUGCCAGCUACACUGUCCACCAGGCACCAGUUGCUGCGCACACUGUCACUGCAGCCUAUGCUCCAGCAGCAGCUACAGUUGCAGUAGCCAGGCCUGCUCCAGUAGCUGUUGCAGCUGCUGCAACAGCUGCUGCUUAUGGAGGCUAUCCUACAGCGCACACAGCUACAGAUUAUGGUUAUACACAGAGGCAACAAGAAGCUCCACCACCACCACCUCCUGUCACUACGCAGAAUUACCAGGAUUCCUAUUCUUAUGUUCGAUCUACUGCCCCAGCUGUAGCUUAUGACAGCAAACAAUAUUAUCAACAACCAACAGCAACUGCUGCGGCUGUGGCUGCUGCUGCACAGCCUCAGCCUUCAGUGGCUGAGUCAUACUACCAGACAGCUCCAAAAGCAGGAUAUAGCCAAGGGGCAACUCAGUAUACCCAAGCCCAGCAAACACGACAAGUGACAGCUAUAAAACCUGCAACCCCAAGUCCAGCAACAACUACAUUUUCUAUAUAUCCAGUAUCCUCUACUGUGCAGCCAGUAGCAGCUGCAGCUACUGUUGUUCCAUCCUAUACUCAAAGUGCAACAUACAGUACAACAGCGGUUACUUACUCUGGUACCUCUUAUUCUGGCUAUGAAGCUGCAGUAUAUUCAGCUGCAUCAUCCUAUUACCAGCAGCAGCAGCAGCAGAAACAGGCAGCGGCAGCAGCUGCUGCUGCAACAGCUGCUUGGACAGGGACCACCUUUACUAAAAAGGUACCAUUCCAAAAUAAGCAACUGAAACCAAAGCAACCUCCCAAACCACCCCAGAUCCACUACUGUGAUGUUUGCAAGAUCAGCUGUGCUGGACCACAGACUUAUAAAGAACACUUAGAAGGCCAGAAACACAAAAAGAAAGAAGCAGCAUUAAAAGCUUCCCAGAACACCACCAACAACAGUACUUCUGCUCGUGGAACUCAGAAUCAGUUGCGCUGUGAGCUUUGUGAUGUGUCUUGUACAGGAGCAGAUGCUUACGCUGCCCAUAUCCGUGGAGCCAAACAUCAGAAAGUAGUAAAGUUGCACACAAAACUUGGCAAACCUAUUCCAUCAACUGAACCAAAUGUGGUUACCCAAGCUGCAACUUCAACAUCCACAUCUGCUUCUAAACCAACUGCUUCUGCUUCAAAUAUAGCAACUAGCAGCAGUACUGUGAACUCCUCUGUUGCAUCCUCUACAGUGAAAAUUCUUACUCCCACGGCAAAUGCACCACUUAACACUGUGUCCAACAACAAAACAUCUUCAACUGCUGCUAAUAUAGCUGUAAAGAAAAUAUCUCCACCAAAAAUAAACUUUGUUGGCAAGUACAGAAGUGGUAAUAAACUUCAGACAACAGGAAGUAAACUGGAAGAAAUGAAAUCAGCUGAAAGUGUUAAAGCAACAACUGCUGCUACAAUACAAACACAGGAAGUAAAACCAGACACAGCAGCUGAACCAGUGACACCUACAACUCUUGCUGCCUUGCAAAGUGAUGUCCAACCAGUGGGCCAUGACUAUGUGGAGGAGGUAAGAAAUGAUGAAGGAAAGGUGAUCCGCUUUCACUGUAAACUUUGUGAAUGCAGUUUUAAUGAUCCUAAUGCCAAAGAGAUGCACUUAAAAGGGAGGCGGCACAGACUUCAGUAUAAGAAAAAAGUAAACCCAGAUUUACAAGUAGAAGUAAAGCCCAGUAUUCGAGCAAGAAAAAUUCAAGAAGAGAAGAUGAGGAAACAGAUGCAGAAAGAAGAAUACUGGAGAAGGCGAGAAGAGGAAGAACGCUGGAGGAUGGAAAUGAGGCGAUAUGAAGAGGACAUGUACUGGAGGAGAAUGGAGGAAGAGCAGCAUCACUGGGAUGACCGUCGCAGAAUACCAGAUGGAGGAUAUCUUCAUGGUCCUCCAGGAUCUCUAGGCCUGCUGGGAGUUAGACCAGGAAUGCCUCCUCAGCCCCAAGGACCAGCCCCUCUACGCCGCCCUGACUCCUCUGAUGACCGCUAUGUGAUGACCAAACAUGCAGCUAUAUAUCCAACAGAGGAGGAACUUCAAGCAGUCCAAAAAAUUGUCUCUAUUACUGAGCGUGCUUUGAAACUUGUUUCUGACAAUAUGGCUGACCAUGAAAAAAGUAAGAGCAAAGAGGGAGAUGACAAUAAAGACAGCAGUAAAGACAGAGCUUUGAAAGGAGUUUUACGGGUGGGCGUUUUGGCUAAAGGUUUGUUACUCCGUGGAGACCGAAAUGUCAAUCUUGUUUUGUUAUGUGCUGAGAAGCCUUCAAAGAUGUUACUUGGUUUUAUUGCUGAAAGUCUUCCCAAACAACUUGCAGUAAUAAGUCCCGAGAAAUAUGAUAUCAAGUGUGCAGUCCCAGAAGCAGCAAUAAUUUUAAAUUCAUGUGUGGAACCCAAAAUGCAAGUUACUAUCACACUGACAUCUCCAGUCAUUCGAGAGGAGAACAUGAGGGAUAGAGAUGUAACCUCGGGUAUGGUGAAAGACCCACCGGACGUCUUGGACAGGCAAAAAUGCCUUGACGCUCUGGCUGCUCUACGCCACGCUAAGUGGUUCCAGGCUAGAGCUAAUGGUCUGCAGUCCUGUGUGGUUAUCAUACGUAUUCUUCGUGACCUCUGUCAGCGGGUUCCAACUUGGUCUGAGUUUCCAAGCUGGCCUACUCUGAAUUGCUUGGACUUUACUGAAACUGGUAGAAAAUAAUGUCAGCUGUGCCCAGAUAGCUCUGUGAUAACAGAAAAGCUGCUUGAAAGAAUAAUUCACAGCAAUUCCUGCAAUCAUUAAUAUGUUGUUUCUGCAAGACUAAAUACCACAGUACUAGUCUAUGGAUGUGUAACCGUUGGCAUUUUAGUCAGUGUCACGUAGACACAGUUCUCUAGGUUGUAACUGGUUACCUAUCUCAAUUCUUGCAGCUGAGUGGUUUUGGAGCAUUCUUUUACACUGACUAUCUUAAAUGAUGCUCUCCAGGAGUGCAACUUGUGUUCCAAAUAUUAAUAAAUGUUCAAUCUGUGGACUGCACAAACUUAGUCUGAACCAAAAUCUCCGAAGCGUAUAUAUGUGGAGGUAAAUUCAACUUUGACUUUUUUGUUUCAUAGACCAAAUCCUGUUGCACUGUGCUGCUUCCUAAUGUAGACUUUUCGGUUUUGGCAGGAAGAGUGCUAACAUUGUCAAGACAGUUCUAAUAGUUGGCAUUAUUUCAAUGAGAAAUGUUUUACAAUUGUAAUAAGCUUGCUGACCAGAAAAAAUGAGGAGCAAUUAUUUCUGCUUUUUAAAAUAUUUAAAGUAAAAAAAAAAAAAAAUCCAGUUUCUGUGCUAUACUUCAUGAAAGAUAUACUGUACAAAUAUAGUUUAACAGAAGCUCAAAAGUAUGUAAGUACCCUCAAUAUUGCUUACUAAGUAGCCAAAGAAUAAACCCAGGCAUACUUUUAGAAAAGCAUCCUUUAAAAUACUGCAACACACAGCAGGCACAUAGAUGAAGAACAAGGAAUGUUGUUAUUUCUCAUAGUAUCUGUUCUAAGGCGCAGCCAGAAAGGAAGCAAUGAGUCACAGAAUCACGGAAUGGGUAAGUUGGAAGGGACCAGAGUGGGUCAUCUGGUUCAGCCUCCCUGCUCAAGCAAGGUCAUCUCAGAGCACAUGGCAGAGGACUGCAUCCAGAUGGAUCUGGAAUAUCUCCAGUGAGGGAGACUACACAACCUCUCUGGGUAACCUGUUCCAGUGCAUGGUCACUAACAGAAUAAAGUUCUUCCUUAUAUUCAGUUGGAACUUCCUGUGCAUCAGUUUCUGCACAUUGCUUCUUGUUCUAUUGGUUGGCAUCACCAAGAAGAGCCUGGCUCUAUCCUCUGACACUCACCCUUUAGGUACUUAUAGACAUUGAUGAGGUCCCCUCUCACUUGCCUCUUCUCAAGGCUGAACAGGCCCAGUUCCCUCAGCUUUUCCUCUUAAGAGAGAUACUCUAGAUCCUUGAUCAAC